AUGAUCAUUGAAGAUGAAGGAGACAUUGAUAACAAUGACUUUGGUGGAAGUGAUGCAAAUCUGCCUGUAGAAGUGUCGCAUGCGUAUACACCAGAAUUUGAAGACUUCAUGCAAACCUAUUGUCAGAUCAAGGACAGUAUUACUAAUUCUCAACUGCAGUCAGAUCUUAUCGAGCAUUUGUGGGAACGACAUGAUGAAGGAGACAUUGAUAACAAUGACUUUGGUGGAAGUGAUGCAAAUCUGCCUGUAGAAGUGUCGCAUGCGUAUACACCAGAAUUUGAAGACUUCAUGCAAACCUAUUGUCAGAUCAAGGACAGUAUUACUAAUUCUCAACUGCAGUCAGAUCUUAUCGAGCAUUUGUGGGAACGACAUGGUGACUAA